CACAUAUAAUCGUCUGCUUGACUAGCUACAUCAGUUAUACAGACAAGCACGUGUUUGGAUAGAUUUAAAAGAUGAAUCCCUCUUCAGUUAAAAAAGAAGCUUCUAUUGUUACUAAAGCAAACACAUCAAAGAAGAGACCACCCAAUAAAAGAGGAAGAAUAAUUAUUCGCAAUUUAUCUUUCAAAGCAACAGAAGAAGCUGUUAAAAACUGGUUUGAGAAAUAUGGAGAAAUUGAGGAUGUGAAAUUAUUAAAGAAACCUGGUGGCACUUUAGUUGGCUGUGGUUUUGUUCAAUUUAAAACAGUUCCAUGUGCGGCUACAGCAAUCAAAGAAUGCAAUGCAAAACCAUUUCUUGGAAGGCAAAUAGCUAUUGAUUGGGCCAUACCAAAACAACAGUAUGCCACUUUAAAUAAUAAAACUGACGAAGUUCCAAACAUUGAGCCGCAAGAGAAGAAAAAUGACAGAAAAGAUGAAGAAUCUGAUGAUGAAGAAAAUAAUGAUGAAGAUAAUAAUGAUGAAGAAGAACAAGAUGGAGAAGCUUCUGAUUCUGAAGUUGAGAAUGGUUCCGGUGAAGAAGAAAGUCCAAAAAAAGAAGAAGCUUGGAAGGGUGAUAAUUCUGAAAUAGAAAAGAAGAGUGAUGUAGCAGAAGGAAAGACUCUUUUUAUCAGAAAUUUGGACUUUUCAACCACAAAAGACUCGUUGAAAAAUUUCAUGGAAAAAUUUGGUAGUGUUCACUAUGCAUUGUUGUGUAUGGAUAAAAUUAUGGAGAGACCCAAGGGCACUGGAUUCGUAAAAUUUAGAGAUUCGGAAUCAGCUCAAAAGUGUUUAGAAGAGUCUCGAAAUCCAUAUUUACAGUUAGAUGGACGCAUUUUAGACGUGGCCCUUGCAGUUACUCGGGAAGACCUCGAUCACAAAAAGCAAGAAGCUGAAAAAAAGGAACAUAAGGAUAAGAGAAAUCUAUUUCUUGCUCGCGAAGGAUUUAUUAGACCUGGUACCUUAGCCGCUCAAGGAGUUUCUCCAACUGACAUGGCGAAAAGGCAACAAAACGAACUAUGGAAAAAGCAAAUGCUUCGAAAUCUCCACAUGUUUAUUUCACGGGAACGAUUGGUUGUCCAUAAUCUUCCACCCUCACUUACGGAUCAAAAGUUGUCUAAGCUUUUCAAGAAUCAUUCAUCCCCAGAUGCCAAAAUCGUAGAGGCUAAAAUUAUGCGCGACUUAAAAGCUGUUGGUGAAGGAAACGUACAUCCAUCCAAAGGGCAUGGAUUUGUAAAGUUUACCAAACACGAAGACGCAUUACUGGCAUUGCGUAAUAUCAACAACAAUCCCACUUUGUUUUCAAAAGAUAGGCGACCUAUCGUGGAAUUCAGUGUGGAGAAUCGUGCUGCCGUAAAAGCCAAACUGAACCGUGUUCAGAAAAGUCUUGAAAAUGUAAAAAAAGGGAAAGAUGAAAAAAUCGCAUCUACCAAUGCGACUGCUGAACUACCCGUUCAAGAAUUCAGUGGAGCAAAAGCUGACCCUAAGAUUAAAGGACUACCAUCGCAUAGAGGACCGAAAAUUCGACAUCGUAAACGACCUAGUCCCCCCGAUGCUGAAGUUGUUCCAUCAAAGAAACCGAAAAUUCGAAGAAAAAUGUUUAAAAAUCCCGAGAAUCGCAAAGCGUCCGCUAAGAAGAAAGAGGGAGUUGCUAAGACAAAAUCGACAAAAAAGAAAGCUGCUGGUAGUGUAACAACUGGGGCUUCUAAAAUGGCUAAAGUUACAUCUGGGAAGAAAGGGAAGUGGUUUGAUUCGUAAGUUUUAUGUUGAAUAAAUUGAUGACAUGAAAAUUUCGUCUUUUCUCCUUGUGGGUUAUUAUUAAGUGUAGACUGUUGUUGAGAAACCAUUUGUAUUCCGAUAAGCUUGUCGCGUAAUUUACAAGUGUGACAACAUACAAGUAAUUUUUUUUUUUCA